UUGGAUUCGGGUGUUUAUAGUCGUCUCCGACAUUUGCGCCAAGGAUACAUUUGUAAACUGAACACUUUGGUAUAAUAAAUUUUACUGUAUACGCAGUUAUGUGGCUAUGAAUAACUAUGGGACUAUUAUAUGUUAUUGAUAUAAUAUAAAGGAACACAAAUAGAAGUGUUUUAGUGGCUAAAUGGGAGAAGAAAAGUGAGAAAUCAACUGUUAAAUGAGCGACUCUGAUUGGGCUUUGACCCGAGCAUUGAAGUGCAAGAAGGGCAGUCUAAUUUGGUAAUUGCCAUGCAACCAAAGGUUGUCUAGCCAUUAUAGGGACAGAAAGUCUCCGCAAUGACAUCAAUGGAGUACGAGGUGGACUCCAUGGGCGGCCUUAUGCCGCAAAUUUUGGCCCUGACAGCACCGCCUGGUACCAGAGAUCCUAACCGACAGCAAGGGACAACUACAUCAGGAAAUGGAAGAGAGGGCCUUGCUGCACAUCCCUAUUUUCGCCGUCCAGGUCGUGGGCAUAAUCACGAUUCUUGCGAUGCUUGUGGGGAAGGUGGCGACUUGAUAUGUUGUGAUCUUUGCCCUGCUUCUUUUCACCUGACUUGCCAUGAUCCUCCACUUGAUGAAAAAGAUAUACCCAUGGGUCAGUGGGUCUGUCAUCAGUGCAGAUUAGGAGGGCCUGAAGAUGAUAGAACUUCUGUGUCAAGUGGGAAAUCCAAUAAAAGUUCGAAAGGAAUUAAAAGAAAAGAAAAAGAUGAGGAGAAGCCAUCAUCUUCGGUCCCUGGAAAAUACGACCCAAACGAAAAAAGAGUAUGUUCUGGUGGACGUGAGUUUGAGAUCUCUGAUUCACCACUCUUUACACUUAUUAAGGCUGCAGCUUCUGUGAAUCCAAAGCAGUUUACUCUUCCAUAUGAGAUGACUCUACCUGUUUAUUUUCCUGGCGAGCCUAAAAAUCCAGCUGGUAAGACAAACGGUACGAGAAAAGGUUCUCAAAGGAAGAAGUCUCAUGAACUAGACAAUGGUUUAGUACCCUUACCUGCCAAAUUGUGUUUUCAGUGUAACAAGAGUUGCCGUACAGGUCCCUUGGUGCCGUGUGAUUAUUGCCCACUCUUCUUCCACCUUGACUGUUUGGAUCCACCUUUAACAACACCUCCAAUGGGGAAGUGGAUGUGUCCAAAUCAUCCGCAACAUUUCUUGGAUUCUGCCUUGUUGACAUCCCAUAGCUUGAGUGAAAGAGUGAAGUUGUGGGAUAAAUUUAGUGCUCCCGUUGACCAAGAUACAGUGCGGCUAAGUUUUCUACAGAGGUGCCAUCGACAAAAUCCACCUUUUCGUUUUAAAGUUAAACGUGCACUCAGGUCUAGAAUACGAGUACCAUUGUCUGUCCAACAACAAUAUCUAGAUCCACCUGAGUUACUACCACGUCAUGGUCCACCUCAGUACUUGCUUCCUUCAAAUAUUGAUGGUGAGCUAGAAGCAUCUAAUGCAACAACAGCUCCCAACAUGUCUUCGUUUAGAGCAAGUACCAAUAACCCUGUUACCUCAUCCAGUUGUACGAUAUCGCAAAAUCAGGAAGACUGGCGUCAUGUCGAAAUUAAAGAAGAACCUGUGGAAGAGACUGAAGGCACAGCUGUAUUAAAAGAAAGUAUAGAUAAAGAAGAAAAAAUAGAAGAUAGAAGAAAAGAAGAAAGAAGAAAAGCCACAAAAGAAGAAAAAGAUGAGUGGUUGGCAAGUUUGCUGUGUUUUCAAGCUAGUAUUGUUAAACACAUGGCCAAUGACAACACCAGCACAGUCAAUAAAGUAGAAAGACCGAAGGAGUUGAAUGGGCCGUCGGUAUUAGGAAACUGCUACGAAGCCCCUCCAGUUCUAGAAAAGCCAGGCUGUAUGAAUGGUGACCUCACUUCCCAUGAUAUCAAUAGUAAACGCAAUCGAUUCAUUGACAACAGAAGACUGCAACCUGGACUUAUUAACAACAGUUUUGCAUCACCUACUUACCUCCCUGCCAAAAAAGGCAUUCUUAAGACUCAAAAGGGAAAAAACCUUAAUAAUACGGGAAUUAAAACACCAAGACAAAGAAAGUUGUCCGCCUCAGAAAUAUUAUCCGAAACCUUAACCUCCCUGGCAUCAUCAUUGAGGGAUUCUAUCACUGGUAAGCAAGCUGAUGUGACCUUAAGCCAGUUAGAAAGAUCGGUUGUGGAAGUUUUAGCGUGGCAGCGUUUAGAGGAACUCUUGUGUCCACCAGAUCCCAGUGCAGCACGUGUAACCACAAAACCACUUCCAGCACGUGCUCUGUUAUGCCCUUUGGUUCCAGAUAGUCACCUACAAGACUGGGCUGUCAAACCUCCAACACCUUCAUAUAGUACUCAACCAGUACCAAUGACGUAUAGAAUAAUUCAUAUAGGGAAAGGAAGCCAUAAUCAUGCAGAUCUAAGUACUUAUGGACAUUGUAAUUACAUUUCCCAGGAACACGCAGCAAUAUUUUAUGAUGAGAAUACUGGGCAUUAUGAAUUGCUCAACUAUAGUCCCCAUGGUACGCUGGUUGAUGGCAUUGAAUACCGUUAUGAUCAUAGUGAGAAAACUGUCAGCCAUGCUCCUCCUCCUCCUCUACUCCAGCAAGUCAGAGCGAUUAUCAAUCAGAGGAGAAACAUUGUGCCUGAAAAACCUUCUCGUGAUGCAAUGACAGACACACCAGGACAAAUAUUAGCAAGGUGUAACUGCAAGCGUGGAAAGUUGAAACCAGGUCCUCACAAUAAGUCUCCUAAUUUUGGUAGCGGUGGAUGGGAAGGAGGAGCAGUUCUGCACCAUGGUUCUCAUCUCAGAUUUGGGUGCCUCCAGUUUGUGUUCAGUAUAGUAGAUGAAGCCAGCAAAGCUGACUGGGUCCAGACGACCAUUAAUACUUAUGAUAAGUUUUUCAAGCAAGAAGAAGAAGAGCAGCAACAGGAAGAAGAGACUAAAGAAGAAGCAGAUGAGGAGGAAGAUGAAGAGGAGGAGGAAGAGGAAGAUGAAGAUGAUGAGGAUGAAGAAAAAAAGAAUUGUAAAAAAGAUGAAAAGACUUCAAAGUCAUGAGAAUUGGCCUAGAUUACACCAGUUUAUUGUUUAUUAUUACAUAUAUAUAUAUAUACUUAUAUAGAUAUAUUAUUUGUCAAGAGACUUUAAUCAGAUGUGAAUAUGAAGGGAAGGAACUAUGGUAAAAUAUAGACCUUGAAAGAAUAGUAAGAAUAUUAAAGACAUGAAUGAUAGAGAAUUGACUUUGUGAGAAAUGAAAGGGAUUGGGUGAAUUUAGGCACUGCCAAAGAUUGCAGAUAUAUUAUAUUUGCAACAAAAUACGGUCCUACAAAAGGAGUUUUUUUCAUUUAACAUUAGUUGGGCAUUAAGUUAGUUUCUGCAGAAUCUCUUGUGGAAGUUGUGUUCAAGAAUUGUUUUGGAAAUGAUACAAACAGAAAUGUUAGUAACUUGAGCCAUUGCAUAAGAUCAUAUGAACUCAGAAUUUUAUAUUGAUCUGCUGGCAGUAUGUGGCAGCUGUUUUGACAUGCUCUGAAAUUAUAGGCUUCAUGUUUGCAUUAUCCAGAUUAAAACUUCAGUGUGCUGUUAACAUUAUGCACAAAAUAAAGUUUAGUUUUACUUAGAAAUGUAAAGUUUUACAAGCUGUACAUUUGAUGCCUUUUGUUGGUAACUGAAGUCUAAUGCAAUUUCUUAUACUGUACUGCUGACAGUCAGACAUUUUUCUCUGACAGUUUCUUUAAUGUUAUUUUGUUAACUCAUCUUUGUAAUUUUACCUGAUUUUCUUAAAUUAUAAAAUUUGGUACAUGGUUGUAGAACGCAUUUUGUGUACCAAAACUAUGUUAUCUAAAGCUCUCAUUAUUAAACAAUCUAUAUGUAUUUUUAGUGUUUAUUGUAUAUAUAUGCAGUAUAAUAAAAAUUUAUUGUCCUUCACUAUGGGUAAGGAUUGUAUAUAUUGUAAAAAAAAUUCAUAAUGUUAUUUUAUACUCUUGCAGUACAUUUAUGACAUCUGACUGUCUUUUUCCCUUAUGAGUGGAGAGUUUUGCCAGGCCUUCUCCCACACAUAUGUGGACUCAGUGAUUUUUACUCUCUCUCUCUCUCUCUCUCUCUCUCUCUCUCUCUCUCUCUCUCUCUCCUCUCUCUGUAUGACCUAUAAGUAACAUUCUUUUAAACUGACUCAUUUGGGUUCCCUGAAAUAUCAAAGCUUUGUCAUGGAAAUUUCUUUAGCAAACCAUCAUUUAUCUGUUCUUCAAGUCAUAUUCUUCCAUUGUUUAUUUUCACGUCAGAAGGUUUGCAAUGAGGUGGAGAAAGAUAUUGCAGCAAUAACAGAUUCCUCAAGAAAAAUGAACAUUUGGUAUUCAAAGAUUUGGCAUUGCAAAAUUUUUUUGUCUUCCAUUCAGCUUUAUCAUCAUAAAAUUAUUUAGCCUCUUUUUUUCAUUGAUAUUUGCAUAAAAAUAUUUUGUAUCUUGUGUGGUCUCUGUAAAUAUAUAUAAUUUUAGAAUUGGAAAGCUUCUACAAGUACAAAUCAGGCAUGAACCUAGCUUUUUUAAUGAAUGAAAAAGGAGAGCAGGUUUAUAGAUGGUUGAACUAUUGCAUUGAAUAUUUCAUGUUUGUGUUUGUAAUAACUUAUAAGAAAAACUUUUCUUUUAUAUUGAAUUACAAGAGGGCCCAAUCACUUCUAGAGGUAUACUUUAAAUGCUUGAGAUCUUAGCUAUUCUCCAGGGUUACAAUAUGUAAAUGUUUAUGAGAUGUGCAGUCAGUGAAAUAACAGGAAUGCUUCUCCUUUUAGUUCAUGAACUGGUGUAUAUAUUAUAAAUUAGUUUAACAAAACCAGUGAGUCAAAUUUCUAGACUCACAGGCUCAACUCAUUUUUUUUUAUAAAUGAAAAGUAGAAAAGUAAAGCUGUGUAAAGUUAAGGAAGUUGAACUGCCUAGUAAAAGAAAGGAACGCAGAAGACAGCUGGGGCAGAAGGGACACUAUGAAGAACCCUUAAUAACAUGUACAGUGCUCUGCUUUAAAGCAGUCUGUAGCAGUACUCUCCCUUGUGGAGUUCACGAGCUAAAUCACAGUUCAAACUUGCUGACUGAAUGAACAAAGUUCUGUUUGCUACUCACAUAACAGAACCCUUCAUUAGUUUGUGAACAAGGUGAAGUGCCAAUGCUUUAUUCACUGUGAACAUCACUGCAUUUCCUUCAUGCAUAUGUUGAUGUGUCAUGGAGUUAAAGAAACCCUAAGAAAACUAAGCUCAUUCAUUAUAAUUUCUUACAUUGAUUGUUGAUGCUUUAAAAAAAAAUGUACACACACACAAGCAUACUUAUUUUUGAUAAAAUUUGGUUUGGCUCUCCUAAUAAAUAUUUAUUGGUCUCUUUGCUUUUCAUGGACAUGAAUUAGAGGUUUUUAUGUUAAAUUCCUUUUAAUAGGUUAAUUGAAAAUGCAAAAUGCUCAUUAGGGGGAGAGAGGAUGCAUAUUAGUCACUGUUAGAUUGAGAUACUGUAUUCACUUACAAAGCAAUUAAGGGAAAUAGAGUUCUUUAACUUUAUUGCCAUAAGUUUGGCAUGUGUCCUUGUUUGGGCUGUAACAUGUUGCUGUUUCUAUGUACGUAUUUGUGUACCAUGAACGGUAAUGAUUUUUGGGGUAAUUCAAAUUCCAUAUCUUGUAGUGUGACAACAUGUUUAUAAUCUUAUAGUAAAUGUAUAAUGUACGUGUGACCAUAUCAGUGACUUACAUGUACAGUGCUAGACAAGCUUUAUUCUUCAGUGGAACCCUGAGUGGACAGCCUUUAUAACCCCAUAUUCUUUGUGCUAUGUCGCUAGAGAGCUUUGUUGGACUACAAGAAAAAUGUAGAUGCUAAAAGUAUGUGUCAAUUGAGGUUUUAUAUUGGUCUAAGACCAGCUGUAUUGUAUCUGGCAGUAUUCAGAUGUUUAUUCCAAGUGAGUAUAUCAAACAGAUGAUUUUGGGAGUCUUUUUCUAUCGGUAUUGUUCAUUUCUUUAUCUGAGUAAUUUGUACUUAUAAAUCUUAUUAUACUGUAUGACUAGUAUCUUUGUGA